AUGGCAGUAACUUUAUCCAACUACGUACGGCGUUAUCUGAGCGAAUCAGGUGAGAAGGAGGCACUGGAUGUGUUAAGAGAACAGCUACGUCAUCACAAGCGCGUUACGUCCGAUGACGUUCGUCUCGCAGUGCGUGCUGUUGCUAGUCAGGGAGGUACCGUGGCCAUUCCACCCGACUUCCCACCGUCUCGCUGGGUGUUCGAGUUCAAGCGCAUGCAUGGCUUUGUACAGCUCAAUAGCUUUGCGUUUGACACGUCAGCAGCAUCGUCGAUUAUUGGAGGAAAGACAGCGUAUGGAACGUCAAAGCGGGUGGAGAUAGCACCGCUACGUUCUGAGCCUGCAACGAUCGAACCAGGAUCCAAGAGUGAGAGGUGUACGAGCGCCAGUAACGAUAACAAGAGCAACAGGAUCAACAUUUACGACAAAAGUAGCAAUUGCACGAGCACUACUGUAGCACAAGGCAAUGGCAGCAGCGGCAACACAAGCAGCGACGACGGGAAGGAAAAGGGACUGAGCGACGACAACAAUCGCUCGUUGCUACCAAUGCUGUCGAAAGCUGCAGUGGCCUGUUCUGGCCCUUACCUUCCACUUCAAAAUGAGACGCACUGUCAGGCUCAGCUGCAGCACAGCUUCAGUCAGCGUCACCGACAGCAGCUGCAGCAGCAACAGCGUCGGGCCAUGAUCGUGGACGAACAUCGACGCGCUGGAGCGUGGUCGAAAGAAUGUACAACAGGACGGGAAGAAGCGCAUUUAGGGGCGAGUCAUGGUACUCUGAGCAACGAGACCAGUAAAAACAUUGGACUGGAUACUGGGUCAAGCGGUAGCUCUAGCGAUAACGGAUCAUACGGUGGAAGAGAUAUCAACGCGAUGCUGCCUCAGAUUCAACAGGUCAUGAUUAGCAACAGCAGCAGUAUGGACGAAGUCCAAGACUCGGCGUCCAACGCAUCAUCGUUCAACGAUAAGCGCGGUUACAAACUGAGCCACACGGUUCCAGUCGAGACCUGGGAGAAGGCCAUUGCGGCUGUCGAGCAGCAGGGCAUGAGUUUGCGCACGGCUGCUAAGAUGUAUGGCGUGCACUUUGCGGCGCUGCACCGGCGCGUGAAGAAGCGCACACAAGGUGGCCAGGGCAAUGGUAAUGACGGGUAUUUUCACCCGAAUGACGAGGCUGGAAUCAUGCGCGUGGUAGUUGCUCACGCAGAGCUGGGUGUCUUGAUGACGUUUGACGAACUGAUGCGGCUGGUGGAAGCUGUGGCAUUGCGCAAGCUGCCCGAUAUCUCGGUGAUCUCGGCCCGGAAACUAUUGACGCGUUUUGAGUCUCGCAAUGCGCAGUCGAUCCGGCAUAUCAUUGAAGAUUGGCCUCCUCCACAACCAUAUAUGGAUGCGUAUUCAUCUGCAGGAGAAACUGUUUCACGCCAGUCCCAGCCGUACUUGGAGCAUCCGGGGUUCAAAUUUGGGCCGACGAGUACUAAUACAGGGGGAACUGUAACAUCUGCGGCUGUUGCAACAUCUACCCUACGACCAACGUCUUUCGUUCCUCCGAUUCGUCUAGCUCCGAACAUAGUCGACUUCGGAAACAAAUCGAAAAGUUCAGCAGUGCGACUAAUUGAUACAAUGAGGACAAUGGACAUCGAAACGACGCCAUCACUGUCUACGCCCACCCAUGUCGGAUGUGUUACGCAUUUGGAGACGAAGCGUCCUCAUCCAUCUCGAGGGGUUUGCGUAGAAGAAGGCGGCGACUUCAGAAAAUAA